AAUCUACCGGAGCGCCAGAGGUAGUGAAGGCAGCCCUAAUGGCGGAGAGCGUACGGUCGCCUUUUGACUACCGGGAGCCACCGACCCUCGACAGUGACGGGGAUGGGAGCAAACCGCCGCCGCCAAGGGGCCGCGUAUGUGGGAGAAAAAGGAAGGGGACACCUGUGAAGGUGUGUGAUCGAGCGUAUGUAACAGAAGAUGAGGAGGAGGAGAGCAUGUCAGAGCACAGCUACAGCCCGGGUGACGGCCAGUACGCAGAAGGUGCUGAAGACCGCCUCCCUCCUCCUGGUAGUCCCUACUACCUGUCUGAUCCCACACAGCUCUGUGUUCCUGAGCUGGGGGAGGAGGGAGCAAGUGGUGUAAGAGGCCCGGUACUCUUUCACCCGCCUCCCAACUGCCGUAUUCGAGAAGUCCACUGUGGUACCCAGGUGCGACUGGUCGUAAUAGCGAUCCGUGAUAUCGUGAAAGGGGAGGAGAUAACCGUAGACUACAGCCUGACGGACUGGGGAGAGAAUGCACUGGAGGAAGAGGCUGGCCCUCACCCUUUGUCCCUCGCUGUAUCAGAUUACCUCACCCCCUCUUGGUCACUGUCACCCUCCUCCUCCCCGCUCACCCACUCUGAGCCCAGCGACUCUGACCGGGAGGAAGAUGAAGAAGAGGAGGAUGAUGAUGAUGACGACGACGACGAUGAAGAGGAAGAAAUGGAGGAGGUAAGGGGUCGAAUGCUUCGGCGCCGCAAAAAGCGCAAGCUGCCAGCAGCUGUGGACUCCAAGAAGAAGAGCACGCCCACAGCUUCCAGGGGACCUGGGCGUCCCUGCUCGUCCUUUUCCCACCCGGGGCCCGUCGCACCCCCAGCUCGGCCGCAGGCCCACAUCGGCUCCCUGUCGCACCCGACCACUAACAUAAACAAUAACAUCAACAUAAAUAUCGGCGGCUCCAGCAGCGCCGCAGUGAGCCGGCGGCAGCACUGCCCGUACUGUGGCCGCCACUACCGCUCCCUGGCGCGCCACCUUGAGAAGUACCACGCCAACCAGCCGGAGGUCAGGACUGCCAUGGAGCUGGCGCAUCUUCACACGCACAGCUCUUCCAACGGCAACACCCCACACCCCUCCUCAUCCUCCACCUCCGCUCCUCACAGCCAUUCCUUCGCCAUCCCUCAGUCCUCUGCCUCCAGCCCAGCUCCGCCCUCCCUCUUCUCCAGAGAGAGGGAGUCGCCCGCCACACGCACAGGUACGGGAGGCGUCUCUUUCUCCCUCUCGCUUACACCUCCCCCAUCUGUUCAGUCCACGGCUGCAAAGAAGGGGCCCGGCUUACCGCUGCCUGCUGCUAAACUCUCCUCGCCACCGCUGGUGUCCCGAAUGAAGAGUCCAUCCCCACCUCCCGGUUCUGCUUCAAAGAGAGGAAGGAGGAUGAAGAAGGAAAAGCACGAGGAGCAGCAGAAGGUGGAGGUGGAGAGGAACCAAGAGGAGCUGCUGCCGCCUCCCACUCCAGAGCCUGAUAUUGAUCCAGAUGAAGAUCUGGAGCUGAGCGGAGGGGAAGACGAUGUUCCAGAGAAGAACGGAGAAGUUGUAAGCACACACAGACAGCAUAUGUCUCCCCUGCUCUCCUCCCUGUCAUGUUUGAUCAUCUACCUCCGUCGCCAGCAGCAUUCCUCUUUCCUCUCUCUGACCCGAUCUCCUCACUCUGCCGAAGCCUGGCGCCUGCUCUGCCACUCCAGCCUCUCCCUUCUCAUCCUCUACAAUCGACACCGGGAAUGUGAGGUGGCUAAGCUAACUAUUCAGGACUAUCGCAACCGGAUCACGCCACAGUCCAGCACCAGCAGCCCCUCAGGCAUGGAGUGUUUCCUGUCCCCCUUCGAGCGGCAGGUCCUCUGUCACCUCCCACGGGCGGGGGUGUUGGGCAAACGUGGCCGCGUGCAGCCGCUCAUUCUCCCGCCUCACUGCGAGUCUUCUCUGGACCUGCUUCUGCGUACCAGUCCCAACGUGGGCGUGGACCCCGAGAGCCCCUACGUCUUCUCCCGGCCGUACCACUCACCCGCCACCCCGCUGCGCGGCACAGACCUGCUGAGGAACUUGGCUCGGGCCAGUGGGGCUAAAAACGCUGGAGCACUGACGGCGACACGAGUGCGGCGCCAGGUAGCCAUCCUCACCCAGCUGCUGCUGUUGGAAGAGGGAGAGGGUCAUGGAGCGGCCAUCAAACGGCUGGAGGACUUCCUGGAGCGGGAGUACCACGUGACGCAGAACUGCUCCUCCAUCAUACGAGAUCCAGCACUUAUGGGUCGAGUUGGACGCGUCGUCCUCUAUGGAGAGAGGGAGGGGGUGCUUUUCAGGGGGAUGAGCCUGCAGGACAUCUGCCUGGAGUUAGACGUGAUGUCUGGCAACUCAGGAGAUUCAUUUUCAGAAGAUUCAGAGGCGGAUGAAGAGAAGGACGACACAAAGGAAAAGACGGAGGCGAUGGUGAAGAAGAAAGGACCCGGCCGACCACCCAGGAAGAAACCAGCACCUGCUCCUCCACCCCCACCCGCUGUUAACCCAUCUGUAGCUAACGCCCAGAAAAAGAGACCUACUCCAGUCAAAUCAGGAAAGCGGGGGGUGCUGAAACGACCCUGGUCUGAGGCAGAGCGCGUAGCUGUGGAAACCCACCUCAAGAAGAACCUCCUGGAUCUGCGGGUCCCUGCGAAAGCAGACUGCGAGCGCUGCCUGGAACUCUGCCCCCUGCUGGUGAGCAACCAGCGAGACUGGAGAGCCAUCAAGUUUUACGUACACAACCGGAUCCAGCUGCUGAAGAAGCAGGGGAGGAGAGAAAGUGCUGCAGCAGUUAGCUAAAGAGAAAUGAAGCAAAUGCCAUAAUGUAUAAACCACCAGCAGUCAGGAGGAACUGGCUCAGGCUAAGAGGAGGAGCAGCUGAGGUUUAGGUGUUUUCCAUUGUCUCAUCACCUUGUUUAAAAGGGAGAAGUGUAAUAAAAGCGAUUAAGCUAUGUGGACAGACUGGAUGAGGAUAAAAUGCUGUCUGCUUUUGGACAAAAUGGGGUUAGGAGCUCUGAGGGCUUUUUGUUUUAUUUUCUGUGUCCUGUUUACUUUGUUAGUAAACUUAACGAAGAGGAAAAUAUGGGAGAAAGUGUGUUAGGAGCAAAGAGUUGACGCACAAAGCAGAUGGGUCUCAGUUCCUGAAGGCUGUUGACCAAACGUAGAUGUGUAAACCAUUUGGAGAACAAGACUACAUGGACCCAUAUGAACCUGUACAGUAUGUGUUUGAUGCUCAUGUGUGCCCCAACAGAUAUGUGUAAUGAAAAAAGAAAAAACAGAGUAUUCCUGAGUGUCUCAGACCAUGAUGCACCUGUUUUAAGUGUUUUUUUUUUUUUGGAUACCUCCAUACCAUCGUCAUAGAUUAGUGUCAAGGCACGUCUACUUGAAUUCACAACUCUUAAAGAAAUAUGUAUUUCAGAAUCAACAUAAGAACUUUAUGUAAGAACUCUGCAAAUAGUUCCUGAUCUAUAAAAGUAAGAGAUUGUGAAAGCAAACCUGGCAGUGUUUCUUUCUGUAUAUAAACUGUAAAUACUACCUGUACUUAUUAAAGUGUAUGACAUUUUGUUGUGUUUUCCUAAACUGGAUUGUAAAGUGAAUUUUGCAUUGUGAAAAUGACGAAACAGACAUAUGGAAAAAUCUUGGUAUGUUUUCUUUAU